AUGUCAUUCGUUGAACAAGAGGAACAGAAGUUCCUGCAAGAGGUUGAACAAGUCAAGAACUGGUGGAAAGAUUCAAGAUGGCGAUACACCAAACGUCCAUUCACCGCAGAGCAAAUUGUUGCCAAAAGGGGUACCUUGACAAUUGAUUACCCAUCAAAUGCACAGAGCAAAAAGUUGUGGAAGAUCCUGGAGGGUAGAUUUGCUGUAUGA